CAUUCCUUUGCGCAGGUGCAUUCGUCUCCCUCUACAUGCUUCAUAUGUACUGGACGAUGCCAUUUCACGACAUCUCCACAAUCCAUCAUGGCCGAUAGCGUUGUGUCGCAAGCCUUCUCUCUGGUCGGGUGGACAUUUCUCCCUGCAUAUGCCACCGCAUUCUUACAGUCUCUCUAUUAUCGGCUGACUAUUCGCGCCGGACAACGACAUCCUCAACCAGGAGAGCCUCUUUUUGCCUACCAUAAUCGCCGGAUUCGCGUCUUUGUACUCUCGCUCUAUCUAGUCUAUACCCUUACCCAAGCUGUUUACGAUAUCAAACUGGCUGGUGAUUUCUACACUCUUCUAGGAGUAAACCCCUGGUCGACGGAAAGGGAGAUCAAGAGUCGGUUCAGAAAACUGGCAGCAAGGUACCACCCGGACAAACUACACGAGAAUGGGCAGGCAUUUCCAGGUGCGGACGUCGUUUUUGUUAAGUUCAAGCUCGCCCAUGAUACUAUUCUCGACCCAGCCAAACGGUUCGGCUAUGAUCGGUUCGGCCCUGGCAUUGUCCAGGUCCAUCAGCCUGGCUUGAAGACGAUCCGGGACUACGUGUAUGCUGGUUUACGCUCAAAGGUACCAGAAUAUCUUUCCAGUGCGGCGAUGCUGAUAAUCUUGAACUAUAUCUGGCUGCCGAGAUGGGGACAGUUCUGGCGAUAUUUUGCUGUAGCCUGUAUGGCCUUACUCGAGUUGUAUUUCCUGACUCACACAUGGGAUCCUCCAACGUUGGUCACGCUCUGGGUUUCCACGGCGUAUAAGCUGACGCCCCAACUACUGCCGCCACAUCUUCUUCCAUUCCAGAUCCUGGGACUGGCAAGGCGGAUGUCCAUGUCUCUAAACAUUUUCAUCUCGCAGUUAGCACCUCCGAUGGCAAGGAAUCCAGCGUUGAAAGAUCUGCAGAUGCAGCAGCAGGUUGCACAUCUAGCGCAAACUGCAAGCAGAUUGGAUACAGAGUCGGCCGAGUUGCUUCAGCUUGGUCUGAGUCCAUUCCGGGGAGACGCUGAGAAGUCAGAGAUGUUGAGGACAGGAAUGAAGGAGUCCCUGCUCUCAUCGGCUUUGCGGAACAACCCUGAAGUGAGGGAAGCGGUGCAGAGGGUGCUAGACAGAAGGAGACAUGGCCCGGUAGUGCAAGAGGCAGAUUGACAGUCGCUCUUGUAGUCCGAGAGCUUCGGAUCUGGACCGG